GUGCAAUGGUAGUGUUGUCAUUUUUAUAAAAUGAACUCUUUGUCCUUCUUCCCUACUCAAAUCUGAUUCGGCACAUCCUGAAACACCAUUAAUGCAUCGGACACCCAGAAGAGAGAUUUUGGCUAUUCAUACGUAUAAUAUAUAAAUCCCAUUGACAGCCGAUACUUUUGCGCCUGCAUUUAUCUUUUUCUCCAGACGUGCAGUGCGACAUAGACGAACGACAAAGGGGGAAUCAAAGGUCGUUGCUUUUCCUUCUCUGACUAAACUCCGGCUCGGAUUCUUGGACUUUGUUUAUGCCUUUCAACAACUGAACAACGGAUUUUACUCUGUUUGUUUCGUAAGCAGUCACGACUCACGAGUUAUCUGUUACUCUUGAGAGUUGAGACUAGAGCCUGAUAAAACUAAUCGUAUGGUUUAUCCAGCUCAUACUUAUCCCAUCUAUCUUGCAUUAAUCGCUCUUAGGGGCUAAAAGAACGGUUCAUUGCGGCAACGUGCAUGCGAUUCAUAAGGACGUGAUCAACCAUUCUAGAAGAGGAAUCUUGAUUUUAACGGGCGUUAAAGGGUCGCGGAGCUUCUGUUUCUGAUAAAGAACAAAGAGAAUUUUGCUGCAAUUUAAGUUUGAUGUAUUUCUGAACCAGUAGCUGAGCUUCUGAAGACUGUAUUGAUAUCUUUGACAAGGUAAAAAGAUGGCUGAGGGCGGCCUGGAAGGCGAAACAGAUAUAAAUGAGGCCACUACUUCAACGGGCAAGGCAGUAGCAGAGAAAAAUCAGGGCAUCAAUGGGGGCCAACAAGAUUCUCCAAAUAACACAAAAGAUGAGGAAACCAAGACAGUUCCGUUUCUCAAGCUUUUCUCAUUUGCAGAUUCCACUGAUACCGCAUUGAUGAUUGUUGGCACAAUUGGAUCCAUUGCAAGUGGGUUAGGCAUGCCCCUUAUGACUAUACUGUUUGGGCAAAUGAUCAAUAGUUUUGGCAGUAACCAAAGUAACACCAAGGAAAUCGUUGAUGUUGUUUCCAAGAUCUCUCUAAAGUUUGUCUACUUGGCUUUGGGGAUUGGUUGCGCAGCAUACCUUCAGGUGACAUGUUGGAUGGUCACGGGGGCGAGACAGGCUGAUCGAAUAAGGGGCUUGUAUCUGAAAGCUAUAUUGAGACAAGAUGUAGCUUUCUUUGACAAGGAAACUAACACUGGAGAGGUUGUUGGGAGAAUGUCCGGUGAUACUGUUCUCAUACAGGAUGCCAUGGGUGAGAAGGUUGGGAAAUUUAUACAGCUGAUAUCAACCUUCAUUGGGGGCUUCAUAAUAGCAUUUGUCAGAGGGUGGCUUCUUGCCCUUGUCUUGUGCUCUGCCAUUCCUCUUCUCGUGACAUCAGGUGGUAUCGUGGCCAUAGCUAUAUCAAGGAUGACAUCCCGGGGACAAGGUGCUUAUGCAAAGGCAGCAAAUGUAGCUGAACAAACAAUUGGUGGGAUCAGAACUGUUGCAUCAUUUACAGGAGAGAAUCAAGCUAUAACAAAUUACACAAAAUUUCUUGUACAUGCUUACAAGUCUGGCGUACAUGAAGGUCUUGCCGCCGGAAUGGGUUUUGGCACAGUUAUGUUAGUAGUGUUUUGCACCUAUUCGCUGGCUGUGUAUUUUGGUGCAAAGUUGAUACUAGAUAGAGGAUACUCUGGAGGACAAGUGAUGAACGUGAUCAUUGCUGUCUUAACUGCUUCCAUGUCCCUAGGCCAGGCGUCUCCCCCCUUGAGUGCAUUUUCUGCCGGCCGAGCUGCAGCAUUUAAGAUGUUCGAGACUAUCGAAAGACAGCCAGAUAUAAAUGCUUUUGACAAAAGCGGAAAAGUAUUGGAUGACGUUCGUGGAGAUAUAGAAUUGAGGGAUGUUUAUUUCAGCUAUCCAGCCCGUACGGAUGAGAGAAUAUUUAAUGGAUUCUCUCUCUCUAUCCCUAGUGGCAUGACUGCAGCUUUAGUUGGAGAAAGUGGAAGUGGGAAGUCAACAGUGAUCAGUCUUAUAGAGAGAUUCUACGACCCACAAGUUGGUGAAGUUCUUAUAGAUAACAUUAACCUCAAGGAGUUUCAGCUUAAGUGGAUUAGAGGGAAAAUUGGUCUUGUAAGCCAAGAACCUGUGUUGUUUGCCUCCAGCAUUAAGGAUAACAUUGCAUAUGGAAAAGACGGUGCAACCAUUGAAGAGAUAAGAGCUGCAACUGAACUUGCAAAUGCUGCUAAAUUUAUAGAUAAAUUGCCUCAGGGACUAGACACCAUGGCUGGUGACCACGGAACACAGCUGUCUGGUGGACAGAAACAGAGGAUUGCCAUUGCAAGAGCAAUUCUGAAAGACCCGCGAAUUUUACUUCUGGACGAAGCUACAAGUGCACUUGAUGCAGAAUCAGAGAAAAUAGUGCAAGAGGCAUUGGAUAGGGUUAUGGUUAACCGAACCACUGUCAUUGUUGCCCAUCGUUUGAGCACGGUGAGGAAUGCUGAUAUGAUAGCAGUCAUUCACAGAGGAAAGAUGGUUGAAAAAGGCUCGCACUCAGAACUACUCAAGGAUCCUAAUGGAGCAUACUCUCAGCUUAUACGCUUGCAAGAAGAAAAUAAGGAGUCAAAGCAUGCUGUAGAUGAUCAAAAUAAUCCUGAAAUUACUGUGGAAUCUUUCAGACAGUCCAGUAUCCGACAGUCAAGUCUUCGGCAGAAAAGUCAAAGAGCCUCAAUCCUACGAUCCAUAAGUCGGGGAUCAUCUGUGGGCAGUAGCAGCCGCAAGUCAUUCUCAGUUACAUUUGGUGUGCCCACAGGACUUGAAGUAACUGAUGCUGCAGUAACAGAACAAGAUACCACUUCAGUAGUGCCACAAAAAUCACAAGAGGUCCCAAUUCGACGCCUUGCCUAUCUCAAUAAGCCAGAGAUUCCAGUGCUUCUAGUUGGAACUGUGGCUGCAAUCGUCAGCGGAGUAAUACUCCCAAUAUUUGGUUUGCUGAUUUCCAGAGUAGUCAAAACAUUCUUUGAACCACCUUCCGAACUAAAAAAGGAUUCGAAGUUUUGGUCGCUAAUGUUUAUAGUCCUCGGUGUGGCAGCAUUUCUGUCAGGCCCAACACGAUCAUACUUCUUUGGUGUGGCUGGUUCUAAGUUAAUUCAACGUAUCAGAUCAAUGUGUUUUGAAAAGGUAGUUCACAUGGAGGUUGGUUGGUUCGAUGAGUCUGAGCACUCAAGCGGUGCCAUUGGUGCAAGGCUUUCGGCAGAUGCAGCAACAGUGCGUACUCUAGUAGGUGAUGCACUAGCUCAAAUCGUUCAAAGUAUUGCAUCAGUUGUAGCGGGUUUAGUCAUAGCUUUUGCUGCUAGUUGGGAGAUGGCGCUGAUUAUCCUAGUAUUGGUUCCUUUGCUUGGAGUCAAUGGAUAUACUCAACGAAGGUCCAUGAGAGGAUUCAGUGCAGAUGCAAAGGCAAUGUAUGAGGAUGCAAGCCAAAUAGCCACUGAUGCAGUUGGAAGUAUAAGAACCGUUGCUUCUUUCUGUGCUGAAGAGAAAGUGAUGCAACUAUAUGAAAAGAAAUGUGAAGGACCUAAGAAGGCUGGCAUAAAGGAGGGCUUGAUCAGUGGAAUAGGAUUUGGGAUGUCUAAUUUCUUCCUGUUUAGCGUCUAUGCCACAAGUUUCUAUGCUGGGGCUCAGUUUAUUAAGGAAGGAAAAACGUCAUUCUCGGCUGUUUUCCAGGUAUUCUUUGCUUUGACCAUGGCUGCCACGGCAGUUACUCAAUCAAGCUCCUUUGUCACUGAUACUCAAAAAGCCAAGAAUGCAGCUGCUUCCAUAUUUGCAAUAUUAGACAGGAAGUCAAAGAUAGACCCAAGUGAUGAGUCCGGGAUGACACCAGAUAAUGUCAAGGGAGAUAUCGAGUUUCAUCAUGUAAGCUUCAAGUAUCCAUCUAGGCCAAAUAUUCAGAUUUUCAGAGACCUCAACUUGGCUAUUCAUGCAGGAAAGACAGUUGCCCUGGUUGGAGAAAGUGGGAGUGGAAAAUCCACAGUAAUAGCACUAUUGGAAAGAUUUUAUGAUCCUGAUUCAGGUUAUAUCACACUUGAUGGAAUUGAAAUCCAAAAGUUGCAAUUGAAGUGGCUGAGGCAGCAGAUGGGCCUUGUGGGACAAGAACCAGUUUUGUUUAAUGACACAAUCCGUGCCAACAUUGCGUAUGGGAAAGGAGGAGAUGUAACUGAGGCAGAGAUUAUAGCUGCAGCAGAAUUGGCCAAUGCCCACAAAUUCAUCAGUGGAUUACAACAGGGUUAUGAUACUAUAGUAGGGGAACGAGGACUGCAAUUGUCUGGCGGGCAGAAGCAACGCGUAGCCAUUGCACGUGCUAUAAUCAAAAGUCCAAAGAUAUUACUGUUAGAUGAGGCUACCAGUGCACUAGAUGCUGAGUCUGAGAGAGUGGUCCAAGAUGCAUUAGACAAAGUCAUGGUUAACCGGACUACAGUUGUGGUAGCACAUCGCUUGUCCACAAUCAAGAAUGCAGAUUUAAUUGCAGUGGUUAAGAAUGGAGUUAUUGUGGAGAAAGGAAAGCAUGAGACUUUGAUUAAUAUCCAGGAUGGGUCUUAUGCCUCCCUUGUUGCGCUUCACACAAGUGCUGCAACUGCUUGAGCUUCCUGUAACUCUUUUUGUUUCUCUAAAAUUUUGGAGGGUGGGACUGCUCUCUCUUUUUCCAAGGAGUAGAGGGACAUGUUUUAGUAAUGGUUGUAACUCUUUUUUUUUUCUUUUUUUUUGUGUAAUCAGUUGUGGUUAUAACUUAAUUGUAUAUUCGGGUGGAGGAAUGAGAGAAACUUAGGAAAGAAAGAAAAGGUUUUCGAAUUCGUGGUAUAGCAUGUAUUCCCUAUUUGAAUCACCAGCUUUCGUUGUUCACAGGGGAAAAGUUAUUACUGAGUUUUUGUAAUAUAGAUAAAUGCUCAUAGUGCACUGUUUUCGCU